AUGGAAGAUUCAGAGAACAAAUGGAUUGAGGAUAAGUUGUUGAACUCAAUAGCUUUAGCGAAGCGUGUUUUCUCAGCAAUUGAUGAGCUAAAGUCUUUCCUGGAAGAACGGUUAGAGGUAGAGAAGCGAGUUGGUCAGCUGUCUUUUAUGAUGAAAACCCUACUCCGCUUUAUCACCACUUCAGCUAAAAAAUCCCUCUACUUGCGCCCAGUUGACCGCAUACUUGAGGAGGUUCAAGGAAUCCUCAAGCACGCUCUAGACAUCGCUUGCAAGUUUAAUCUCAAAAGCGUUAUUUGUCGUUUCUUCAACACCCCCAAGACUACCGAUUUUCAAACAGUCUUCCGUAAUUUAGAUGAUUCGAUCGGUAACAUGAAGUGGCUUCUUAUAGUCUAUGACCCCAUAAACAAUGGUGCCUUUGGCGGAAUUGUUGUCUUCCUCCCUCCAUUCUGCAACAAUAAUCCCAUUUUUUUACUGGUCUGGAGUUGCAUUGGCACAGUCCAAAUGGGGCGCCGAUUGAGUGAUCGCAUAGACGCCAUAGAUAGUCUUGGUUCGCUUGCUCAAGAUAAUAACUUGUACAAGAAAUACAUUGUGGCAGAAGGGGGUCUGCCUCCCUUAUUAAAGAUUUUGAAAGUGAGCACUUCCCUUUAUGCACAAUUAGAAGCCGCUAAUGCCCUCUGUAUUUUAACUAAUGACCCAGAGAUUAUGAAGAAUAUAGUGAUUGUUAUAGUUCGCUUAUUGAAGGAUGCGCCUAUUGAGGUUCAGAUUCAGGCAGCAAAUUUAGUGGCCAGAAUGGCAGAGGAAAAUGCGGCAAUCGAAUGUGAUUCCGCCGAAGGGAAUGUGAUUUGGCCGCUGGUAGCAUUAUUAUCAUCUGAGACAUCUGCAGAUGAACCUGAAAAGCGUGAACUCAAAAUCAAUUGUGCUGAGGCUUUGUGGACGCUUGCUGCUAGGAGCGUUUCAAAUUGUAGGACAAUAACAAACACAAAAGCAUUGCUUUGCUUGGCUAACUUGGUGGAAAAGGAAAGUGGUAAAUUACGUUACUAUUGUUUGAUGACUAUUAUGGAGAUAGCAACUGUUGCUGAAUCUGAUAUUCAUUUUAGACAAGCUGUAUUUAAAACUAAUUCUCCUUCUGCAAAGGCUGUUGUUGAUCAGCUCCUGAGGGUGAUUAAAGAAUCAAAUGACCCUAUACAGCAAAUUCCUGCCAUCAGAUCCAUCGGUUCAUUGGCAAGGAUUUUCCCAUCACGUGAGACUGCGGGAGUAAUUGGUCCCUUAGUGUCAUUACUUCACAACAGGCACCUAACAGUGGCAACAGAAGCUGCCAUUGCUUUGCAAAAGUUUUUAUGUCCAGAAAAUUACCUUCAUAUUGAGCAUUGGAAGUCAGUAAUUGAGUGUAUUUCUUUUCCGGCAUUGAUGAGAUUGAUUGGAGAUGGUAAUAAGAUGCAGCGGCAUAGAUGGGCUCUGUUGAUCUGCUGUCUUUUUUGCGCAUGCCAGCAAUUACAAGGUUAUUAUUCAUUAAGUAACUACUCAGUUGACUAUCAGAAGGAUAAAGACUAUCCAUCUCCAGAACAUAGCCACGAACCCAAUUUUAUCUUGUGCCCUGUCAAGUGUUAA